GCCAAGUUCACCGCGUUGCUUGUCACUUCGGCAUCGCAGGAAUUGACCCCAAGAUGAUGAACUGGUUCCUCAUCGUGGUGGUGGUGAUCAUGGCGGUGGUCUUUCUCGCCGCCAACUUCUAUAUCUUGGUGUACUUUCAGCAUCCUGAUGACAAGAACACGGCGUACUUGCCCAAGUUCCUUGUGGUGAUUGGCUUUCUCCUCGCUGAAGCAUGCGUGCUCCUCCUGCCGUUGGACGUGGCAAACAACUCGACUGCAAUCGGGUGUAGCGCCGGGUGGAACCCUGCAUGCGGCAACUUAGACAUGGAAACUCUUUGGCUGAUCGUGUUCAUGUCGAUCGCCGUUUUCCUUGUCGUGCUGCUGCCGUACUCGAUCUACUACUACGAAUCGGACGACGGGUUCGACGACUCGACCAAGCGAACGCACCGCUGGCUCGAUGCACUCAAGCUCGAGAUUGCGACAGUCAUCGUGGUCGGCAUUGUCAUCGCCAUCACGUACAUCACGUCGUCGACGUCCGACAUCCCGUACAACGUUAUCGUUUACAAUUCGACGGUCACAAACGACACGAUCCAGUUCACCGACGCCGUUGGCGGCUUGCACGACUUCCUUGACGGCGACAUCAUCAGCCCCAACGAACGCGUGUACGCCAUGUCGCAUGGCUUGAACCCUCUCGAAACGAGCAUGCGGCUCGCGGUGUCGGUGCCAAUCUACAUCACGGCGCUCGUGAGCUUUGUCGGGUGGUUUGCAUUCUCGAUCUUUGUCGGGGUUGGGCUUGUGGCGCUCCCGUUGGACUUGAUCUUGGCGUUCUUCUUCCGGCCCAAGUUCAUUCCAGCGGAUGUGUAUGCCCAGCAAAAGAUGUUGAUACAAAUUCGGUCCCUCGAGUUGAUGGAAGUCGGGAAAGAAAUCAAAAACUCCAUGCUGACCCACCCCGACGCAAAAUUGUCGGCUCGCGAGCGCCGAAAGAACAACAAGCUCGACGCGAUCACGAUGAACAAGUUCAAACAGGCCGUGUACUUGCUCGAAAAGGACGUUGCCGAACUCAAGCUGUGUCACGAAGACUACAAAAACUACAACCCGUUGGUUCCGUUGGGGAAGCUCGUCCUGGGCUUCAUCGCGUCGAUCGUGAGCUUUCUGUGGCUGCUUCAGAUCAUCCUCGGGAUGGUCCCGCCACUCCCGAUCCUGCCCUUUCUCAACGACUACUUUAUCUGGUUUGACCAGUGGUUCCCUCUCUUCGGCACCAUGUCAGUCGGGAUCUUCUCCAUGUACCUCUUGAUGGCGUGCAUCAAGGGGUGCUUUAAGUUUGGCAUGCGCUGCUUCUGCUGUGCGCUGCACCCGAUGGAGUACAACGGGACGUACAUGAAUUCAUUUCUGUUCAACUUGGCAUUGAUUUUGUUGUGCUGCAUCCCCGUCGUCCAGUUUAGCAACCAAGCGUUCAGCGACUACGUUCGACUCACGACAAUUCAGACCAUGAUGGGCAUCCAGCUGCGGUACAUGAAGGGGUUUUCCGUCUUUUGGGUGCACAACGUGUUUCUCUAUGCGAUCCUGGCCAUCGUGCUCUUGACGACGCUGUAUUUGGCGGUGCGCCCCCGCGACACGUCCUCCAAGACGGAUGCGAUCCGCAAGAAGAUUGAAAAACAAGUCGCGCUGGCAACGGCUUAACACUUUCCUUACACGUGUUUAUAUGCA